UCGCGCCGAGCUGUGUCAAGGGACCUAUAAGCAGUUUUAUACGCCUACACAUGGAUCUCCUCAUUUCUUUAUCUUCAUCUUUACCACUUUACAAAGAUCCUUUUGGUUGAAUGUUCAUGUUUUCUCUCUAUGCACUAUACCUUGUUCCAACUUACUUUAGAGCAUCAUAAAGGUCGUAUGUAUAUGUGUGUGUGUGUGUGUGUGUGUGUGUGUGUAUAUUCUUUUAUGUUGUGUAUGGUUAUUACGAACAGGAUUUCGUUGAACAUAAUUAAUGGCAUGCUAUAGUUGAUGCUCAAGUUGACUUCCUUAUCUUUUAAGCAUUUAUUUCUUCUCUUUCUUCAGGAGUUUCUGGCGAAAAAUGGGGAUAGAGUCCAACUGAUUGCAAUGCUGGGUUUAUUUGGAGCUAUCAUCAGUGCUGUUCAAAUAAGCAUACUUGAGCGCAAAGAGCUAAAAUCUAUUACGUGGACAGCUGGUGCAAUUUUGCCCUUCGUUGGAUUUUCAUUGGGCAUGUUUCUCUUUUACUCUGUUGUCCCAAUAUUACUAAAGCUCAGUGGUUCGACAAUGCUUAACCUUUCACUGCUUACCUCAGAUAUGUGGGCUGUUCUCAUCCGCAUCUUUGCAUAUCACGAAAAGGUCGAUUGGAUGUACUUCCUAGCUUUUAUCGCCGUUGCAGUUGGGCUUGUAGUAUAUUCAUGGGGUGAGAAAGACGAUGAGACAAUAGGCCAGGUCGCUAAUGAGACUGAAGAACAAGCAAAGAACAAGGACGAAGAGGCUGCCGCUGAGUCAUCAGGGAACUUAAAUGCUGGAGAUGUAGGGAGAGGUCCUUACUUUCCUCUUGCCUCCGAGGAGCAUUAGCCGACAGAGGCAUCUGACAUACCAUGAAAAUGCAUUGUGAAGAAAUCUUUGCAGAGGAAAAAUGAUUAUUUUAGUUGGAUUGGACAGCAUGGGAUUGGUUUUAGUAUUCAUUCAAGUGCAGCUUUUACCAAGUAUGUUGGUAUAUUUAUAGAGGAGCUGCAAUUUAUACAAGUCAAUAAAAUUUCUAUUCUUGUACGAAAUUGUUCUUUAUGUCUUAUUUCUGGUUCUAUUUGAUCAAUUGACAUGUAAUAUUAUUUGCUCCAUGAUUCAAGAUGUAAAUAAUUGAAGGUACUUGCAUCUAUAUCUUACAUGAGAUCCGGAUCCCCUUGAGGGGAGCCACUUUCAACA